AUGUUGGACCUGGGCUACCUUUUGGUCGGACUGACCGGCGGGGCGGCCGUGGCCGUCACGGCCGCCUGCGUGCCCUUCGUGACCCCGGCCCUGCGACGGGUGUGUCUGCCCUACGUGCCCGCCACCUCGCAGCAGGUGGAGAACGUGCGGGAGGCCCUGAGGAGGGCGUGGCCGCACAAGCCACCCUGCGGAAGGCGCCUCGUCGACCUGGGCAGCGGCGACGGCCGGGUCGUCGAACUCGGCAGUCGGCUGGGCAUUCCUAGCGUGGGGGUCGAGCUCAACCCGUGGCUGGUGGCCUACUCGAAGGUUCGGGCCCUGCGGAUGGCGCCUCCGAGGCCCCAAUACCUCCGCACGGACCUUUUCAAAUUCUCGCUGGCCCCGUUCUCGGACGUGGUCAUCUUCGGGGUCGAACAGAUGAUGGAGGAGUUGGAGGCGAAGAUGCAGAGGGAGCUGGACGGGGGCGCCAGGGUCGUGGCCUGCAGGUUCCCCCUGCCCACCUGGACCCCAGUGGCUGUGUUCGGCAAUGGUGUUGACACCGUUUGGCUCUACGAGGCACCAAGUUGAAAGGAUUUUGUUCAAAGUUAGUCUGUUUAUUGUGCAUAAAAUAAAAAUGAAUUGACGAUUUAUAAAUUAAAGUUCUUACUUAAAUU